ACAGACUGGGGUGGGUCAUGCAGUCACCCGACAGGUAACCAAGGCUUUGGCUGUGAGACAGGUGCGCGUUCUGCCUGCACCUUACCCCUCCUCUCCGAAGGUAACACCACCGCGGCGGGACAAACCCGGCACAAGCGGGACACGGUUAUACGAAAUAAGAACCGCUGGUAGAGGGAAUGGCGAACUUCAAGGGGCACGCUCUGCCCGGCAGCUUCUUCCUGCUCUUUGGGCUCUGGUGGUCCGUCAAGUAUCCCCUGCUCUACUUCUGGAGGAAAAACCGGUCAGGGGGGCACGUCCAGCUGAACUCCCAGAGGCUGGACCUCAUUGAGGGGGUGGUCAAGGUGGUCUUCUCCAUCGUGGGGAUCCUGGCCGAGCAGUUUGUGCCGGACGGACCGCACCUGCAUCUGACCCAGGGCGAGGGUCACUCCUGGGUCAAGCUGAUGAACUGGCAGCACAGCACCAUGUACCUCUUCUACGGCAUCUCAGGGGUGGUGGACAUACUCACCACCUCCCCGCUGGGAGUCCCGCUGGGGCUGGACAGACUCAUGCUGUCCGUGGCUGUGUUCAUAGAGGGUUUCCUGUUCUAUUUCCACGUGCACAACCGAGCCCCGCUGGACGUGCACAUCCACUCCCUGCUGCUGAUCGCUGUGUUCGGGGGCGCCUUCAGCAUCCUGCUGGAAGUGUUCCAGAGAGACCACAUCGUCCUGGAGCUCUUCAGGAGCAGCCUGGCCAUCCUGCAAGGAACGUGGUUCUGGCAGAUCGGGUUUGUGCUGUUUCCUCCCGGAGGAGGCACAGCGUGGGAUGAGAGCGAUCAUGACAACAUCAUGUUCAUCACCAUGUGCUUCUGCUGGCACUACGCCACCGCCCUGCUCAUCAUGGCACUCAACUACGCCCUCGUGUGGUGCUGUGUGCGUCGCUGCGCUGACAGGACCGGAGCAGACCUGGAGCUCGGACGCCUCAUGAAACCGUCCAAAAACACAUCCCAGAAGGCCCUGCUGCAGGAAUCGGACGAGGAGUAGAUGCAGGCUGACCUCUCAGCAGUCACCAGCCAUAGAGACAUCCAUGGAUACCAUUUAAAGCGACAUAUUCACAGAGGUGAAUAGGAGAGUGGGGAGGGAGAGCGCAGGCUACUUGAACACUCCACCUGGUGACCCGGCUAGUACAGAUUACUAAACAUUUUUAAAAAGGUGUGCUUCUUGAAUCACUAUUUUAUACGUCUUUAUUGUACUGUUUUGUAUUUUUGUAUCUUUUGAUAUAAUAAUUGAUGCUUCCAGACACUCCGACAAGAUGAAGUAAUUAUUAAUUUACUGUAUAUUAGCUUUGUGUUAGAUUGAGUGUUUGAAUGCUGGGAUAAAGCGAGUUCUAGACUUGUCCCAGCUCUGCGCGUGUUCCUAACCAGCAUACAGACAUUUAAUCAUCUGUUAAGUUUGACGGUGACUUAACAGUUAACAGACAGAUGAAGCAAAGUAUUUAUUGAUCAGAAAACUGGUUCUCAGCCCAGUUCCUAGUGGAGAGAGGCGUCCAUAUUGCACCGUAAAACACAUCACGCCAUGGGCAAGAGCCCAAUUUUACACUCUCUAUAAACAUUCAAUAAAAUGUAAUCUAUUAAUACAGAAAGCAGUGCCUUUGUAUUGUGUGUAUCUGAACCCAAAGCCAUUCUUUCAAGCAGGAGCCAUUGCACAAACCCAACCCUACAGUAAGUAUGAGCUGAAUGA